CCCCACUGCACCGCCACGCUGAUCCCUCUCCCGCGGCGGACUGGCAUACAAGACAAUGGGCGAACCGGUGCGAAGCGUGCGCUUCAGUGGCAGACCCAUGGCGUCGCUGCCAGAACACCCGCCGACGGCCGCGGCAGGCGUCCACACGCCGCAGCGGACGGACAGCUCGGGCUCCUCUGGCAGCGAGUUUGACCAGGAUCACGACCUGCUCGGCAGCGCCGACGGGCAAUAUCAAUUUGCGCCGCCCGCCUCUGGCAGCGCCCUCGACGACGUGCCUCCCCUCAGCAGCGCGCCCUACACCUCCAGGACCACCGCGGGCCCGACUCGCUCAGUGCGCGCUCCCCACAGCAUCAUGACGGACCUGCCGCCCGCCGCCCACGCCAACGGCCUCAGCGCUGGCUCGACGGCCUCUGCCUCGGUCUCGGCCACGCGCCCCCAGGCCCUGCGCACGCCGUCCAACGCCUACGCGCCCGCCCGCCGCCCGCAGCAGUUCUCGCUCAACUCGACGGCCGCCCGCCACCGCAACUCAUCCGCCACGCGCGCCCGCCGCAACCCCAACGCCGACUACCGCGCCCAGGAAAAGGCGUACGUGCAGCGCAUCCGCCAGGAGAACGAGCAGGACGACUUCUUCGACCCGCCGCUGCGCACCCCCAGCCUCGGCUACACGACCGACUCGGAGACGGACGAGGAGUCGCCCUCGACGGCCGACUAUGGCGAGAACGACCCCUACGACCAGGAGACGCUGCUGUCGUACGGCAACGAGGACAUGCAGCCGUCGAUUGAGGAGCUGAAGAUCCCCGCCAACCGCGAGCGCCUCGAGUGGCACUCGAUGCUGGCCAACGUGCUGACGGGCGACGUGGUCAAGCAGGAGAAGAAGCGCCUGAUCGGCAGCACCGAGACGCAGGGCGACAGCACCAUGAAGGCCGAGAUCUGGAUGGGCAUCCGCGCCAAGGUGUGCGGCCGCUCGCUGCAGGCCCAGCGCCGCCUCGUCGACGACGCCCGCGGCCGCACCCGCGCCCACCUCGAGAGCAUCGUGUCCUUCGAGGUCGAGGGCGCCGCCGAGGCCGGCCAGACGGCCGCCCAGCAGGUCGAGGACAUUGUCAAGAAGAUCGAGAAGAUCGAGGGCGCCUACCCCACCCGCCAGGCCCUCGAGGCCGCCUACCCGCGCGCCGCCUCGCAGCCCUACAAGGACGCCUGCGACGCCGUCAUCGCCUGGCACAACACCAUCGCCCUCAUCAGCACCGAGAUGUCCGUCCUGCGCAAGUGGGUCGGCAACGAGGAGCUCGACUUCACCAAGCCGCGCCCGCGCUCCUCGCAGGACCACCACCUCACCGACGAGUCUUCGUUUAUCGACCGCAUUCUCAAGGAGGACGGCCUCAAGUCGCUGCAGGGCGACACCAACCUGCUCAUCCCCCUGGAAAAGGUCAUCCAGAAGGCCAAGACGACGCUGAUCGCCAACGCCGAGGGCUUCGCCGACCGCCACCUCCCGCCCUACAUCGAGGAGCUGCUCACUCUCAUCAAUUUCCCCUCGCGUCUGCUGCAGGAGAUCAUCAAAGUGCGACUCUCCUACGCCAAGAAGAUCAAGGACCCAUCCCAGCAGGGCGUCAUGAUGGCCGAGCAGAUGAUUGUGCAGUUCCAGAUCCUGCUCAGAAUGGCCGGUCAGGUCAAGGAAAGCUACCUCGUCAUCUCGCGGCCCGAGCCAGGCUGGGACCUGCCUCCGUGCAUCGAAGAGAACUUCGACCUGGUCGUGCUGGACGCGCUCAAGUUCUACUUCAAGAUGCUCAACUGGAAGCUGGCCGCAAACAAGAACACCUUCAAGGAGGCUGAAAUCCUCGAGCAAGAGUGGGACUUCUGCAACAAGCUCGGCAGGCAGCUCCAGGGCGGCGACGUCGAGACAGCGGAGCAGUUUAGUAUUCUCACGUCAAAGUCACUCACCCGCCUCAGCGCCCAUUUCGAGCGAGAGCUGCAGCGUCGGCCAGACGAGCUCACGGGCUCGGAGAUGGAGAAACGGUACAAGCAAAUACUCGACUCUGUACGUGUCCGGCAACGUAAGCUCUUCCGUUUCUCGAGGAUCUUGACGACACGGUUUGAGAACUGCACCGAAUACAACAUCAACCACAUCGACUUGGACAUGGAGCAACUGGGCGAUCUAUACGAAGCCUUGGUCGUUACUGGCCACUUCCUCGUUGAAACCACUGGUGGCAACAACACAGGAGUAUAUGUCAUUGCGUCGCCGGUUCUGAUAGAUCGGCCCAAGGACAUCCAGUCUCUUCUCACUACCUGCUAUCAUACAGAGGAGGGCCCAGAAGACCCUUCCAACCCCUAUGUCUUGAUUCUCAGGCCAGAAGAGCCUCUCUACUGGUCUGGACAGAGCCUGUCAGCCGACAUUCACGAACCACACUUGGACCUGAAACCUGGAAGACUACGUCUGGUUGCGGAUGGCUCGCAGCAGCGACUCGCUAAUGCUAACCUGUCUUUCUCGCAAGCCAUUGGCUUCGAGUUGAACACCCUGAUCGACCAGAGAGCCAACCUGCCCAGAGUCAACCAGGAGUUGCAAAAGAUCAAGAAGACGGCAUACAAACUCUCCAACACCAUCAUGGACAGCGUCGAGAUUGUCCGCAAGCAGACCACUGGUCUCGACUGCCAGGAUCUCAUCCAGACUUGUUUCGCCUUCGCCACAGAAUUCGGUCAACGUUCCGUGCUCUACAUGGACUACAACCGUCGUGCGAUGAACAACAUCAAACUGACCAGACUGGCUCUCGAUUGGGUCAGCUUCAUCUGUGAUGACUGCAUCGCGUCGGACCGCAAAACCUUUCGAUGGGCUGUCGUGGCACUCGAGUUUGCAAUGAUGAUGACUCGCGGUCAGAACAUUCUGUCUAUAAGCGAUGAGGAGUACGCUCAGCUACGGAUGAAGGUCGGUGGUUGCAUGUCGCUCCUCAUAUCACAUUUUGAUAUCAUGGGCGCAAGGUCCACGAUCGCUGCUCAGGCCGAGCGACAGCGUUUGAACGCCAUUGCUGGGAAGAACUCGCUGGACCCCACAAACUCAAAGGACGACGACGAGGCGAUUGAAUUGACGCAGAUGCAGUGGGUGCAGAGACUGGAUGAAAUCGACAUGUUCAGGAAAGACAAGGAGGCUGAGCGUCAGGCUCUGGGUAGGGUGCUCGAGGACUCUAAUGAAGCCGAUCGAGCACUCACCUACCUGUCUUCCUCGGCUACCAACGUCACCCUGCGAUGGCAGCAGGGUCAGUUCGUCGGUGGCGGUACUUUCGGAUCCGUGUACGCCGCCAUGAACCUGGAUUCCAACCACCUCAUGGCUGUCAAGGAGAUCCGUCUCCAGGACCCUCAACUGAUUCCCACCAUCGUCGCUCAGAUCAGAGACGAAAUGGGCGUUCUCCAAGUCCUCGACCACCCGAACAUCGUCUCGUACUACGGCAUCGAACCGCACAGAGACAAGGUAUACAUUUUCAUGGAAUACUGCUCCGGCGGCUCUCUAGCCGGCCUGCUAGAACACGGCCGCAUCGAAGACGAAACAGUCAUCAUGGUCUACGCAUUGCAGAUGUUGGAGGGUCUCGCCUACCUCCACGACGCAGGAGUCGUGCACCGCGACAUCAAGCCUGAAAACAUCCUCCUCGACCACAACGGCGUAAUCAAAUACGUCGACUUCGGCGCCGCAAAGCUCAUCGCGCGCCAAGGCCGCACCCUCGCCGCCGAGCACAACGCCACCCGCCAAGGCCGCCAGGGCUCCAUGACCGGCACGCCCAUGUACAUGUCCCCGGAGGUAAUCCGCGGCGGCUCCACCGGCCGCCACGGCGCAGUCGACAUCUGGUCGCUCGGGUGCGUCAUCCUAGAGAUGGCCACCGGCCGCCGCCCAUGGGCUAGCAUGGACAACGAGUGGGCUAUCAUGUACCACAUCGCGCAGGGCGACCCGCCGCAGCUCCCCACGAAAGACCAGCUCAGCGAUACGGGCAUCGACUUUUUGAAAAAGUGCUUUGAGCGUGACCCCGCGCGCAGGGCGAGCGCGGUUGAACUGCUGCAGCAUGAGUGGAUUAUGACGCUGCGCGCGCAGCUUAGUCUUGAGCCGCAGCCGCAGACGCCGAGCUCGGAGUCGAGUGGGGGUGGGAAUACGCCGUUGAGUAGUCGGACGAAUUCUACGUAUGCGUAGUGUGUUGUGGUUGUGGUGGUGAUGGUUGGUUUGGUUGGUUUGGUUGGCGUCUUACUUCUCCCUGUUCUUUAGAUUGUAUACCCCCUCUCUCCCUUAUCCUAUCAUAUCCUAUCCUAUCCAUUCAUAUGUACAUGUCGACCCACCUCACUCUUGUCUUGGAAACCAACACCAACCUACCUCUUCUCUACCCCCUUCCACCCUUUCAUCCCUUUCUAGUUUUUCCCACGGAUAUUCGUCUACGCACACGGUGCAUCAGCGAAGGAGUUAUUUGGUUGGCCGUCUUGAAAUUUCCCCCUCAUCUUUGUUUAGUCUAGUCUAGUCUUGUUUUUUUCAAGUUUUUUGUGCUUGUCACUUGUCGGGG